AGCGAAACACGAGCUCGUUUAAUUUUCAUUCGAUUUUUACAAAUGAACAGCAAUGAGGAAAAAGAAGAAAAAUGAAUAAUAAUCAAUCAUCGUUAUCUGUAAUAAAACCAAAUAAUUAUGAUGAAGAACGGCCACAAUAUCCGUCAAUUUUUUCCGAUUCAAAUUUUAUCAAACCAAGUCCAAUUCAUGUUGAUAUUCCACAACAAUCAUCAAAUAUUGAAAUGAUGCAAUCAUCAAAUAUUUCGAAAAAUCGAAAAUCAUCACCAUCAUUACCUUCUUCUAAUAAUAAUGAGUUGGUUAAAAAAAGAAAAAUAUCAUCGAUGAUCAAUGAAAAUCAAAAAGAAAAUGGUAAAAAAUUAUCAAAAUUGAAAUAUGAUCCAUUAAAAAGUCCACGACCAUUAUUAUCCUAUGAAUCAUCGACAUCAUUUUUAAAAGGUAAUAGUAAAUUGUCUAAUAAUUCAACAUUUAUACGUGAAAAUAUUGAAAAAAGAAAAAAUUUACGUUCAAAACAAGAAAAAGCUAUUACAAAUAAAUGGAAACAAGAAAAAUCAACAAAACAAUCGCAUUUAGUGAUUGGAAAAGCAUUUUCACCAACACCAUAUACACCUGAUCGAAAUGUUAUGCAUUCAUCAAGUGAAUAUCGAAAAAAUUACAGAUCAAAAAUCAACGAUAAUAAAAUCUUUCUAUUUUCAUUUUUAUCAAUGGAUCCGAUCAUUUUCAAUGAAAAUGAUCAAAAUUCAAUCGAUUCAAUGGAAAAAAGUUUUAUUAUUAAAAUUCGUAAAAUGUUUAAAUUAUUUAACGUAUCAUAUGAAUGGGAUACGAUAUUGAAAUCCGGUAUGAAAUUAAAAUAUGAAACAAUUGAUUAUUAUAAAAUGGAUAAUUUGGCAAUGAUUAUUGUGAAUACAUUUGCACAGAUUAUGCAAACAAUUUUUCAAUCAAAACAACAACGCCAACAACAAGAAUCGGAAAUAAGACAGCAAUCAAGUGAUGCAGAAAAUUCUCAAUCAAUGGAAAUUAAUUUAUUAAAAUUGUUGUUUAAAAAUCGAAUUGAAAAACAACGACAAUUUAUUGGUGAUAAUCAAUUGAUUGAUUUUAUAUUGGAAAAAUUUGAAUGUAAACUUUCAUUGGAAUUGGUAUUGGAAAAACAUAGUUUUUUAAAUUAUAUUGUUAUUGUUAAUGGAUCACAAACGGAUCAAUUUCAUUGUAAAGAUGAAAUUUAUAUGGGUUAUAUCGAUAAUGUUGAAAUUGAUUAUCGUGAUGAUGGCCAAUGGCUGUUAUUUUCAAUUAUACGUUUUAAAAAUGAAUCAGCAUUGAAAUUAUCUUCGGAAACAAAACAACAAAUGCAAUGGUAUAUUAAACCGUUGUUUUAUUUGCGACCUUCAUUACGUCUUGUUGAAACGCUUACCCAUUUAGAAUUAAAUCGUGUUGUUUUAUUACAACAAAUGAUCGAAUUGAAUUCACAAUUCUGUAAUUAUGAAAUGAAAAAAGAAUUCAAAAUAUGUGAUAAUGAAAAAUAUAAUGAACAACAAUUGAAUAUAAUUCAAGCAUCAUUAAAUAUGAUAAUGUUACCACAUCCAACAUAUCGUAUGCUUAUGAUACAAGGUCCACCUGGUACUGGUAAAACAUAUACAAUUAUUGGUAUUGUUAAAAAUAUUUUACGAUAUUUGAUGAAAAAUCCAAAAUUUACCGAAAAUGGUACACGAAUUCCUUCACGUAUAAUGAUAUGUGCACCAAGUAAUGGUGCUAUUGAUGAAAUUGGAUUACGUUUAAUAUCGGAAAUGAAUACAUUUUUUUCGGAAAAGGAUAAAUUAUCUUUGAAAAAGGAUAAAUUAUCACCGGAAAAGGAUACAUCAUCUUCGAAAACGGGUGCAUCAUCUUCGGAGAAGGAUACAUCAUCUUCGGAAACGGGUGCAUCAUCUUCGGAGAAGGAUACAUCAUCUUCGGAAAAGCAUACAUCAUCUUCGAAUGAUCGUAAAUUACGAAUAAUACGUAUUGGACAAAAACAUGAUAUACAUAAAGGAAUGUUACCAUAUGAAAUUGAAACAUUAACUAAUGACAAUUUUAUUAAAUUUCAAAUGGAUUAUUUGAAUUGGAUUGAAAAUUGUAAAGAUAAAGAUGAAGAAAAAAAAUUUAAGAAUGGUAAAAAACGAACAAAAUUACGUGAUCAACUUAUUUAUGAAGCCGAUAUUAUAUUGACAACAUUGGCUAGUAGUCAACAUUCAUCAUUAUCAAUGUUUCGUUCAGAUACUCCAGGGUAUACUUAUUCACAAAAAGCCAUACGUUGUUUAAUUGUUGAUGAAGCAUCACAAUGUAGUGAACCAGAAUUUUUUAUGCCAUUUAUUUAUCAUUCCAUAACUAAAGUGAUAAUGGUUGGUGAUCCAUUACAAUUACCUGCUACUGUUAUAUCACGUUUGGCAUAUAAUGCCGGUUAUGGUCGAUCUUUAUUUGAACGUUUUUAUCAAUAUCAAUUACAACAAUCAAAUUCGAAUGAAUUUCUAUCAUCAUCAUCAUCGAUUAUUCGUCUUACACAACAAUAUCGUAUGCAUGAAGAAAUAUGUAAAUUUCCAUCGAAACUUUUUUAUGAUUCAUCAUUACAAACAAUAAAGGAUAGUGGUAAGAAUUCACAUAUUCCAUUUCAUCCAUAUUUUGUAUUCAGUAUUAAGGAUUCAAAAGAAUCUUCUUCGAAUCAAUCAAAAUCAAAUGAUGCUGAAGUUAUAUUUAUACGUAAAUUAUUGACUGAAAUAUUGAAGAAAAUCGGUUAUGUAGAUAAUUUUCAUCAACCAUCACCGGUAUCGAUCGGUAUAAUUACCUAUUAUCGUGAGCAGAAAAAAGCCAUCAAAGAUGGAUUGGAAAAAGAAUUUCCCGAAGAUUUGGUAAAACAAAUCCAAAUUGAUACGGUCGAUUCUUUUCAAGGACGUGAAUGUGAUAUCAUUAUUUUGUCCUGUGUUCGAGCUAUCGCUACAAAUAAUCCAAAAGGAUCGAUCGGUUUUGUUCGUGAUCAACAACGAAUGAAUGUAGCAUUAACACGUGCAAGAUCAUCAUUAUUUAUUUGUUUACAUUUUGAAUCAUUUGAAAAUGUUCAUCGAUGGAAACAAUUAAUUGAGGAUGCAAAUAAGCGUAAGCGAUUAUUUUUUGUUAGUUCAAAAAUUUUUAAUAAUAAAUUAGAGCUUUUCCUGAAAUAACCAAAGAUCAUCAUCAUUAUUUCUAUGGGACAAUAAAUUUAAAUUAACAAUUUAUAUCAAAGACAGAU